UUGCUUUUGAAGCGACCUUUUUAUUUUAUAUCUCGCAGAUGUUUAUUCGAUUUCGUUUUUACAUAAAAAGUAAUUGGUUAUUUUUAGAAAUGUUAUCCGAAUUUCUAAGUGGAACCUAAUUUAUUAGAUCCUUAAACUUUCUCACAGAAUGGCUGCUUCAAGUAGUGAAAUAGAAGAUUUCAUGACAGGACCACUUGUUUCGUGGUUGAAAUCAUGCCUUGCAAAUCCAGACUGUAUAACAGAAUAUGCCACACUUUUCAAUGGAGACAUUCUCCAUCAGGUAUACCUACAAAUAGAUCCAGAGCCUUCACAUCAUAUUACCAAAUUAAAUGGCUUAGAAGACCAAGCCUUGAUACUGGGUAGAGUGAAAAAUUUUGAUGCAAUAAUUAAAAAUGUAAAGAACUUGUAUGAUGAAGAGUUAGGCAUGACAUUGCUUGUGGUACCAGAAUCUAUUUGCUUAGGAAAGGCACCAGAAUCAAGGGAAGGAUUAGAAAAUAUGAAACUUUUAGCUUUAUUAUUACUUGGGGCAGCUGUUCAGUGUCCAAAUAAAGAAACAUUUAUAACCAGAAUUAAAGAGCUUAAUGUAGACUUACAACAUAACAUUGUUGAAUGUAUCAAACAGGUAACAGACAUGCAAACAGUUGUAUUAACUCCUGAUGCAAUUGACUUAUUCCAAUCCCCAACAAUGUUUAACCAUAUGAGACGUCUAGCGAAAGAACGAGAUCAUUAUUUACAAAAUUGGGCUACCCUAGUUCUUAAUGAAGGUUUAUGUGAGAAUGAAGUUGAAAAUAAGAAUUGUAAAAGUCGCUCUACACAAAAUGUCAGUCAAACAAAUGGGGAGAGCCAGCAUUUAGCUGUAGAAUUAGCGGAUUGGAAAGCAAGGUUAAGAAAACAAAGGCAAGAAUUGGAAGAAAAAUCUGAACAACUAUCUGAAUGUAGAGAAGAAUUAGAACAUACUAAGCUUGUGCUGGGUAAGUUAAGGACCGAUAGCCAGGAAUGGUUUAAUGAAGCAAGAAAGGCGGGAAAUUAUAGAGAUGAAGUGGAUGCUUUAAGAGAAAAAGCUGAAAGAUGUGACAGGUUAGAACAAGAAAUUCAACGAUAUCGAGAUAGACUGGCUGAUGCUGAAUAUUAUAAAACCCGUGUUGCUGAAUUACGAGAGGAUAAUAAAGCUCUGAUGGACACCAGAGACGCAUUAGAAGAACAAUUGCAAAGGGCGAGAAAGAGAGCUGAUCAAUGUUUGUCUUUAGAAGCUGCUAUGAUAAAAUUAAAACGUGAAGCAAAUGAUAUUGCUUUGGAAAGGGAUGCUGAUCAACAAAAAAUCCAAGAAUUGAUUGAAGAAAAUAAUCAUUUACAAUAUAUUGCAAGAUCUGUUUUAAAUGAAAGCAAUAAUAGUAAUUUAGACACUGAUAAUGAAUGUGAAAGUACAUUAGAGUCAGGUGAAAAUAGUUUAUCUGAGCAAUUAACAAGUAAUGCACAAGCAAGAGCAUUGAAAUUAGAAUUAGAAAAUAAAAGACUUUUGUCAACUAUUGAUAGCUUACGAGAACAGUCUUUAUUAGAUAGCAGUGAUAAAGUAUUAGAACUAGAGAAGGAAAAAAAAAGAAUGAGUCUUAAAUGCGAACAAUUACAAGAAAACUACAACAGACUGAAACAACAGAAUUCUGAAUUAGAAGAAGUAUUCAAAAAUGCUUUGGAAGAAAACAGAAAAUUGCAAGAUUCUUUGGACAGGCAGAAAGCUUUUAUUGAUAGACAAUCCAUAGAUAGAGAAUCCGAAAAAAACAAAUUACAAGAAUUCGAAAAGCAUUUGGAAUCAUUAACCAAAGACAAGCAGAGAAUACAAAUGUUAUGUGAUUCAAUACAACGUCGAGCUGAUGAAUUAGAAAAAUCUUUAGAUUCAAGGACUAAAGAGUUAAAUGUUCUCAAACCAGAAGCAGAUAAAGUAACACGACUAAUCAUUGAAACUGAAGAACUUAAAACAAAACUGAGUUAUAGUGAGAAAGAAGCACAUAAUUUACAAAGAGAAGUAUGUAAAUUAAGAGAAAAUAUUGAAGAGAAAGAUGUCAGUUUGGAUCGAAUCACAACUGAAAUUGAGCUAAAGAAUAAGGAAAUUGAGAGAUUUAGUAAGCAACUUGAAAAUAGUCAGUUACUAAGUAUUAAGCUUCAAGAUUUAGAAACUAAGGCUCAAGAGCUUAAAUCUCAAAAGAAAAUUGAUAUUGAGACAGUGCAAACUCUUCAAAAAGAUCUUAUUGCAGAGAAAGUAAAUUUUGAUAAAUUGCGAAAUUGUAUGGAUAAGUUAGGCGUAAAUAGUGCUGAUAUAGUUUCAAAGGAAUUUAAUAUUGAAGAAAUUUUAGAAAAAAUAAUUACAAAUAAAGAAAACGAAGCAAUAAUAUCCGAAAUUGCUGCCAAAGCAAGUUUGUCUAAAAUGGUUCCAUGUGAAUGUGAGCAUAAGAAUAAACAAUCUCCUGCAGAAAAUAGUAGCAAUCCUCAAAUUGAUCAACUUGUUGCUGAUUUAUCUGCUCUUCAAGCUUCUUUAGAAUAUUGUCAAGCUGAAAAUGCCAAGUUACAAGUAAAUUUAGCUACUCUUAAUUCACAAAAUGGUUCAUUGGUUUCUCAACAAAUGACACUACAGUUAGCAAACAGUCAAUUGGCAGCUGAAAAAGAAGAAAUCAUUAAACAAUUGGAUGUACUAAAAGACAAACAAGACAAUCUUUUGAGAGAUCAAGUUGCACUUCAAACGAUACAUGAGCAAUUAAGUAUGGAAUACGAAAUGUUGUUUAGUGAAAAGGAACCUGUUAAAGCAGCUGUAAAAGAUUUGAGACUAGAAAAUAGAGAUCUCAAAGAAAAAAUAUCUACAUUUGAAAAGAAAAUUUCGGAAUUAGAACUAGAGAAGGAAAACUACAAAAUUGAAUCAAGAAAUUUGAUAAACUUGCGAGCUGAACAUUCAAAACUUAAAGAAGACUUUAGAAAUUUAUUUACAGCAAGUGAUCGUCUCAAAAAUGAAUAUAGGCAUAUGCAAGAGGAAUACAGAAAUCUACGGCCUGAAGUUACUCAAUUAAAACUAAGAAAUACAGAAAUGUCUGGUGAAAUUAACACCAAGAUGGAAAUAAUUACUAGUAUGGAACUAGAAAUAAGCAAAACAAAUCAACAUUGUGAAAUGUUAAUUCAAAUGAACAAAAGCUUAGAUGCUGAUAGGCGAUCCUUGAUGGAUCAUGUGUCUCAACUUUUAACCCAAUAUCAUGAAUUGCUUGCUCAUUCAUUGAAAGAUAAGCAACAUUAUCAUGAAGAAGAAAAAAUGUUCGCAGACAAAGUGAAUGCAUUAUGUAGACAAAAAGAAAAAUUAGAAGAAAAGAUUAUGGAACACUAUAAAAAGCUUGAUAACUGUACACCAAAACGUCGUGGAUUUGGGGCAUCAUUCGUGAAAAAAGUUCGCAAAGCUGGAACUGACUUAAUAAAUAAAGUUCCAUCAAGAAGUAAUAAGAGAAUAGAAGACGGAAAUCGCUCCAAGUCCCAAUUGACAUUAGCAGGGUCAGAAUCUGGUGAAUCAGACCCGGGUCUGGACAUUGAGAAAAUACCGAAAGGACCUGAACAGGAACAAGGUUCCUUUAGCCCGAAUACAGAAUCACCCAGGCAUAGUAUCGAAAAAUGUUUGGCAAAACGUUUAGAUGAUUCAGUUACUAAGAAAUCAGACAAUAUGGACAUGACUGGUUCUUACCAUAGCUUAGAACCAACAAGAACAACAAAUGAAGGAAACUUCGUUAGAAGAUUGUCAGCUGCGUCUAUUCACAGUGGUGGGGGGGAUGAAGCCUUGCUGAGAGCUUCAUUGCGUAGACGUCAUAAAAUACCCUCAUCUCAUCGUAACAGCUAUCAAGGCUUAGAGGGGGAAAAUGGAUUGCCACCUGCAGCAUCAACUCCUUCACCGGUUUUCGGAGCAGCGGGUACACGAAGAACGGUAUAUUUGUCUGAUGACAACCCAGAUGUUACACUGAAUUCUAAACCCCAGAGCACACCGAUAAAGGAUAACCCAACAUACUUGGUUUACAAUAGGAUAUCCACAGUGAUUGGCGAUGGAGCUUGUCAGAGUAACCAUGACAGAACCAAUAAUCAAACGGAACUGACAGUUGACAACAAUACAGAUUGUGAUGCCAGCCUUCAUGACAGACGGAGUGUCAACAAAGGUGACAAAGCGAACAAUUCUAAGGAGACUGCCAUUUGGUAUGAGUAUGGAUGUGUUUAAUCUUGUGUGAUAGUAAGGAGACUGAUCCGUUGCCUUGCACGAUAAUGUGAUUUAUAAACGAUAUUCUGUAAGCUUAUUUUUAAGUAUAGAUACAAUAGUUAUUAUUGACAGUAUUAGUAGUAGCAUUUAUUAUAACACAUUCGAUUUUUAUUUCGUAACCUUUUAUUGAGGCUUUUUACAAGCAGUAUUAAAAAAAUACUGACUCCUCAGAUGUGUACUGUCGUAUUGUAGAUGUGUAAGCUAACAUACAAAUACAUAUAUUUAUGUACCAUAUCAGUUUAUGUAUUUUUCUCUUUUAUAAUGAAAUCAUAAAUAUUAAUGUGUUACCUGUAUACACAAAUUGUUUGUGACAUAAUACCAUAUGUAACUCAUUGACAAAGUCCAACAUUUUUUUUAAAUCCUGCAGUAGAAUUAAUAAUUAAUCAUAAUAUAUCAUAUUUUUCUUAUUCUGAUUCUAAUUAAAUAGGAGAUUUUUAUUUAAAAAAAAAUAUUGUAGGUAUAGUGUAAACAUUAAAGCAAUCAAAUUUGGUUUAAACGCACAACAUUAAUGAAAAUUAUUUACCAUAUUUUUUUAUUAUUUAUUUUUAUAGUGAUAAAACAGAAAAAACUAUAAACAAUUUUUUAUGUAUUGACAUUUAUCCAGUGGAUAGUUAUUCAUGAACAUACAUAUUUUAAUAUUGAAUACAUACAUAAUCCCGAAUAAUUCCAUAGAAUUAUUUAACCUACUCUUUUACCCAGUGAUAAUGUCAUCAAUUGCCUUUAAUGCCCAGUUCAUAACGUAAACCAGCGUAAUAGACUAUUAGUUAGGUAUACUAGAUAAUAUAUUAUUAUAAAAUCGAAUUUUUUAAUGAUAUCGACAUUUUAAAUUAGUUUGUACAUAAUAAAAUUUAUUGAAGUAGGCGUUACUUUGCGGAUAUCCAUAAUUAUACAAAUGAUUUGAGUUUUCUUUAGUGUUGAUUCCGCGAACAUUUGGCGUUGUAAGGAUACAACGCAUCCUGAGGAUGCCUCGUGUAGAGGCGAGACACGUGUCGAAUUGUUUAAAGACAAAUAUUGGCGGAUUUAACACUAAAGAAAACUCAAAUCAUUUGUAUUGUAUAUAAUAAUUAAUGUAACUUUCAGUUUUUAAUGUACUUUAAGAUUAUAACAUAGAGUCUAGAUAGUCUUAGGCUGCUUGAAAACCGAUAAAAACAGGCCAGGAAUAUUAGUUUAGUGUGCGUCACAAGCUACGUCUUACACUCGCGAUUUGUGUUAGUGUGCGUGAAUAGCUCAAAAUAGAGGUUAGUUAUACCCAUUUUUUUUUCGAUGUUUUCACAGCUGUCAUAGUCUAUCUAGAUGUAUAAAUGAUGUAACAUAUGUACAUUUAAUCGCAUUUAUACAUUCAACUACAAAAUAUUUCGAAUUCUUUAAAUACAAUACCAAAUAUAAUUAUUUUUCCGCCUAUAUAUAUAUUUGUUAUUUGCAACAUAUUGUGAACUGAUUAUUGUAAAUGUUAGCUGAUCUUUAAAUUAAAGCAUUUUACGCUGGACUUUGUCAACAAAAUCUAGUUAAAAAACAGGAAUAUUAUGAGAAAUUGUGAAUACACUGAGAAUCUGUAUACAAUUACUACUAAUGAAGACAAGCAAAAUACAUUUUCAUGAACAGUUAAUAAAAUUAGCAUAGUACAAAAUAUUAAUAUUAGCAUCUUAGAUUAAGGAUUGGUAUCCGCUGCGCUCCAACUAGAUACCUACCUAAGACGACUAUUAGAUGCUUGUGUGCGUGGCAUCUUGACGCUCAAUGGCUUCUUUCAAAUUGUGUAAUAUACUCCUACGCGUUAUUUUACAUUGAAAUAAAUAAAAUACAAUGUACUUACUGAUACGUGAUCCCAGUGUCUUUGUUAUUUCAACCCGGUUAGUUUGAAUUAUUAGCAAAGUGUAACAGGGCAUGUGGCACGUCAUCGUCACACAUUGUUCGAGACUGGCUCAAGUAGGCCAUACUACGACUGCUGUAUCUAGUUGGAGCGCAGCGGAGACCAAUCUUUAACCUAUGAUUAGCCACGGACUAGUAAAAAAAGAAGGACUCCGCGCCGUGUUAUUAGCAAAUGAAGCACCUUUAUACUAGUGUGUGUGAGGUUACGGGGUAUACCAGUUACACAAUAUUUUCUUCCUUAAAUAAUCACCUCCACCACCUAGUGCCUCACUGUUAUGUAAGGUGACACGGAGUCCUUAUUUUUAUAAUCGUCCGUGUGAUUAGCAUAUUAACCAAUAUGUACCUAAUCGGUCAAUAUAAUAAUUAAGAGAUAUUAUAUCAUCGUGAUGUUUGCAUACAAAUGUAUUUUUUUUAAUGUGUGCAGCUAUGGUUAUACUACUUACAUUGAUUAGGUAGGUACAAAUAAUUUUAUAAGUUUACUUGAAUGAGAUUUGUGUAUUAAGUUAAUUAAUAACAUCUUAUGUGCGUUCUAACAGUGCGUGUAAUAUAUUGUGUGUCCUAACACAGUGAGGUGGCAAUCAGUGGCGGCAAUCAGCUUAUUUAAAAGAAAAACUAAUACAUAUAUACACGGACUAGUAAAAAAAUAAGGACUCCGUGUCACCUUACAUAACAAGCCGAUUAACGUGUUAAUUCAUAGCCCUACGCACACACUUACACUACUACAGGCCGAUAGGCGGCCAUUAUGAGAAUUGUCAUCGUCUGUGAAAGAUCAGAUUGCGUCUCAGUAAAAUAUUUUAAAAAUGGCGUCGUGGGUUGUGAAAAAGUGUAAAAACGAUACUCUAUAAGUAUUUGUGGCCAUAUAUGAUUAUUCAAGGGAGAAAAAAUUGUGUAACUAGUAUCCCUCGUAACCGCACACACACUAGCAUAACGGUGCUUCACUUGCUAAUAUCACGGCGCGGAGUCCUACAUUUUUUACUCGUCCGUGUAUAUAUUUUUACUUAUUGGAUAACUCAACACGCGCCUUCUCUAUCAUCUGAAUGUUAUACCCGCCAAAAUAUUGUAAUAAUUGUAAUUUACACACUGUUAAAAAUUUUGUGAUGAUACCAGGUACAACAUAUUUAAUUUUUAUUUUCCAGCUUACUUCCAAAUAGCUUAUAAAGACAAUAUAUUUUUAUAACUGCACAGUGCCUUAUAAUAAUUAAUUUGUAUUGUAUUAAAAUGAAUUAUUUUUAACCUGCAACGACAUACUCAAUUUAGUACGUAAUUUUGUUGGGGUCUUCGAUUAUGGUGCAUGCCUUUUGUUGGUGAUAUUAUAAUAUAAAUAAUUAUUAUUGGUAAUCUGUUGUGACAGACAUAAUAAUUGUAGUUAAUUUAUUACCUUACUACUGUAAGUACAUUGUUUCUCACCGAAUUAAUUCUUAACAUGACUAGCACUCUCUUCUCUGAUAUUAUGAAUUAAACGAUUUAAAAUUGAA